AUGUUAGAGCAAAGAAUAUCAACAAAGGGUAAGAGGAUGCUAGGAGUAAAGGCUAUAACAAUUGACGAAUUCUUAAAGGAAAAUGGGAUAGAUGUGGAAAUUGAAGGACCAAGCACUGAACUAAGUGAGGACGGGAAAGAAAGCAUGGCACUUGAUAAAGACUAUUAUCAACAUGUGAUGGAGGACAUUGAUGAUGAAGAAGGAGAGCCAAAGAAGAAGAAAACCCGUGGAAAAACAACUUGCAAGGAGAUUUAUGCAAGGACUAUGGAACAGCAGGAAGAAGUCACUUUUGAUCUUGGACAGCCCGUAGGACCAACCGACCAAAGUGUUUCUAAUUUAACUAGUUUUGUUGGCACUAUUGGUAGAAAUAAAAGAUUUACCAAGUUUCUCUUCCCAGACAGUGGAGAAAAGUGGCUAAUGCAAGCGAUUCGAGAUGCUUGGAAGCGGUUCAAAGGAAAGAUUAAGCAAAAGCACUUCGUUCCCUAUGAUAUUAUUGAAGAUAUGGUGAAGAAUCGACCUCCACAAGGUUUAGGGGAUACCCGGUCAAUAAGUCAAAGAAACAAGCAACACAAGGAAAAUGUGAAGUUUCCACAUCGCAUGGGGCCAAUCAAUUUCGGAAGAGUUCGAGUGGCUAUGGAAGACUUCCAACAUCGCCAAGCUACUGGUGAAACAGAAGAGGAAGCAUUUGAGGCCAUAUUCGGGAAAGAACAACCAGGUCGGGUAAGGUUGUAUGGAAGAUCUGUGACAAAGACUGAUUUAAAAAAACAUGCUGAAAUUAAUGAAAUCAAGAAUCAGCACAAAGAGGAAGUGUCCAGUCUGAAGGAUAAACUUGGAUACAUGGAGGCACAACAGCAAAAACAAGAGGCCAAACAGCAAAAACAAGACGAAGAGAUUCAUGGGUUGCGAAAUAUAAUCAAGUUAUUACUGCAGCGAUCGGAACCUGGAAUGAGGCCAGAAGAAUUAGAAGCUUUAUUACAAGACGCCCAACAGUCUCCUAUUGAUGCGAAUAGCGGCCAUGGAUCAACACAUUUUUCGAACUUAGAUGUGGGACAUAUCAGGAUUGUGUUAAAGGAAAUGGAAGAAAGAAACACCUGUAUUCACCUGGGUAACAACGAAGAUUAA